AUGGUGUUCAGAGGAGGAGAGGGCCCAGACCUCGUGCAAGGUGAAAUGGAAGGUCUUGAACCUUUGCAGUACAGUGUGGGCAAAGAAGACGAGGCUGAGGCGACUGCCGUGAUUGGCGGGUACCCUUCUGCCCUUGUGGUGACGAUGAUUAAGAACAACGACGACGACGUGUGUGCCAAAAAAGGGGACGCCGCCCUCGCCGAGGAGCUGCUGAAGGACCAGGAUAGGCUGUGGACUCGAAACCUGGGGAGGGACGACCGCGCGAUCGCCGACCACGGAAGGGAGGCGAGAUUCCCCUUCCUGGACGAGGCCGUCGUCGGCUACCUCAGGUGUCUGCCGCUGCGGGAAGUUUGCAACAUGGACGAGCCAGUGGGAAUCGGGGACAAGAAAGUACUGCGAGAGGUGGCCUCCCACUUAGGGUUGGAGAGCUGCAGGCGCCUCCCGAAGCGCGCCAUCCAGUUUGGCAGCCGCAUCGCCCAGCACUGCGCGAGGCACACGCACGGGAGCCACCGGAGAGGGAGCGGCUCCGACCCGGCCUCAGCGGGGGGUCGGACGCCGCUCUUUCCCAGAUAGUAGAUGUUGGUGACCACGCUCUUUGGUACAUGCUCUUUGGUACAUGCAGUAGGCGCCUGCACUCCGCGAUUUACUGCAAAGAGUUGAUUGAACUCAUUCCCUUCCACUAUCUGUGGUCAGACUGCAAGUAUAUCUCGAACAGGUAGUCUAUCUUUGAUUGUAAUGUAGAUAUUAUAAUACCAGUGCUACAGUAGACGCCCGCAUUGAAGAACAUCUGAUUUUGGUUGAGAGUGGGGUUCUUCGUUCCUAGGGUUUACGGUACUAAUGGCCACAAUAGAGGUUUUCAUGUGGGGGUUCUUAACCGAGCUCACAAAUGGUGCUUGCUCAAGUUCUUAAGAUUUUGUCAUUAUUUCGAGGCUAUAUUAAUUUCUCAUCUGCCUUGGAAAUGGGAGUGCGGGCGCUAUGUAGCUGAAGUUGUUAUCCGCGCAGUAGCUGUAGAAAUAGUAUUUUGACACUGAAAUUCUGUCCUAAAAAAUCUUGUUUGCGUCAGAAACCUCAACUUGCAAUUGAGGAAUUUCCAUUUCCUUGAAUGAGUUGCCUGGAGAGUUCUAUUUCAGCAGC